CGCAGGCCCUGACACACUUUCUCCCACCACCAUGGAGUUCAACCUGGCUGCAGCCCUGGACUCCACUUCCAAGACACCCCAGGGGACAAGCCAGGGGGUAGGGCCCAAACACAGUCUCCCCAAAGUCCAGGGCAAAACAGAGGGAGAUGCAGCUGCUAAAACCAAGCUCGGCCACAGCAGCUCCUCCGACUCCAGCGGCAGUUCCAGCAGCUCCGACUCCGAAAGCAAGCCCCAUGCAGCAGGCUCGGGGUCGCAGGGAGGCACCAAGGUCAAGAAGCCCAAGAAGCCCAAGAAGGCCAAAGUGAAGAAACAGCAGGGGAAGGAGGCGAAGAAGGCCCCGCACUGACGGGCCUGGGUGGCUGCUCAUUAAACAUCCCUCCCGGA